AUGACGUCACGGGGUACUCGCAUCGCCAUUGGCUGGUUCGUGCGGCGCGCCGGAAGUGGCUCCCGCCGUGGCCGUAGCGACCGGGACGCGGCGGGGCCGGACCCGGUACCGGGGCAGGGGAGGUGGGUGGGGAGGGGGCGGCGCUGGGGCGGCUCCCGGUACCGCGGCGAGCCGGAUGAGGAACCCCCGGUAGCACCGGGGAUUGGCGGCGCGGCCGGUUCCGGUUUGAGCGGAUCCCGGCGGGGUGGGGCAGCACCGGUGGCUGUCCCGCCAUGGACGGGCCCCCCGCGCCCGCCGCCCCCGCUGCUCCCGCGGAGCCCCCGGGGCCGGCGGCGGGCGCGGGGGGCCCGGGGGCUCCUGGCGCUGCCCCCGGAGCUGCUGCUGCGGAUCUGCGGCUUCCUGCGGGCCCGGGACGUGCGGCGGGUGCUGCCCCGCGUGUGCCGCGCGCUGCGGGACCUGGCCCGGGACGCGGUGCUCUGGCGGCUCCGCCUGCAGCGCCGCGCCCGCCGCCCGCUGCCCGUGCUGCCAGAGGACGGGUUUGAUUGGGCGGCCGCGUGCGAGGACCUGGAGGAGCACCUGGAGCGCUGGGGGGCCGGGGGGGCCCCCAUGGAGCAUUUCUCCCUGGACGAGGGGCACUUCGCCUCCGUGGACUCCGUGCUGCUGCUGCAGGGCGGCUCCCUGUGCGUCUCGGGGCGCGACCGCAACGUGAACCUGUGGGACCUGCGGGAGCUGGGCCGGGGCCCCCCCGGGAAGGUUCUGGUCAAAGCUCUGGGCUCGGGGCGCAGCGGAACCCACAAGGGCUGGGUGUGGUGCUUGGCUGCGAGGGACGCCCGGGUCUGCUCCGGCUCCUGGGACAGCACCGUGAAGCUCUGGGACCUGGCGGCCGAGGGGCAGCAGUUCGGGGAGAUCCGAGAGAAGGCGGCCGUGCUGUGCCUCUCGUACCGCGCCGACGUCCUCGUCACCGGCACCUACGACAAGACGGUGACCGUGUACGACCCGCGAGCCGGGCAGGCCCAGGUGAGCAGCUACAAGCCCCACGCCAGCGCGGUGCUGUCGCUGGCGGCCGACGAGCGGCUGAUCGUGUCGGGCAGCGAGGACCGGACGCUCGUGGUGUUCGAUCGCCGCGCCGGCUCCGUGCGCCAGCGCCUGCAGCUGGACAAUUACCUGCUGUCCAUGUCCUACCGGGGCUCGCAGCUCUGGGCUGGCGACAACCAGGGCCGGGUGUAUUUGUUCGGCAGCGGCGGCGGCAGCUUCCAGCCCGCCCGGUAUUUCGACGUGGGGCACCGGCUGCAGAUCACGGGGCUCUGGCACUCGCUGGGCUCGCUCUACACCACGUCCACGGACAGGACGCUGCGGAUCCACGUGCCCACGGAUCCCCCCCGCACCAUCUGCUCCUGGACGCACGACGAUGUCCUCAACGGGAUCAGCGUGGAUGGCGACGUGGUGGCCGCGGCCUCGGGGGGACUCUCGGUCGAGGUGUGGAGGCUCCGGACCUGCGCCCCCCGCUCCGGCAGGGCCGGGCCCGCAUCCGGGACCUGGGUGGGGCUGGAAGCUGCCGCCUGUUCGUGGAUAUUAAAGGAUUGGACUGGAACGGAGCUUGUGUGCCCCCGAGGGUUUGGGGCGAAUUUGGGCGGGUUUGGGGCGCUGCGACCAUUUCGGGGCUCCCUCGGUGCAACGGCGCCUUUUCGCGUCCUCGAGUUUCUUGUCCCUCCACGGCCGCCGUCCCGCCAAGAUGGCGGCGCGCGGCUGUACGGAAAAGGCGGGCGGGAGGGCCGAGCAAGAUGGCGGCGCGCAGCCGUACGGAAAAGGCGGGAGACGCGCGCAGCCGUACGGCGCGGGGGGCGUGGCCCAAGAUGGCGGCGCCCUGAGCGGCCCGGCCGAGCCAUGGCGGCGCCGGGAGAGGCGCCGGGAGAGGCGCUCCGGGCCGUGCUGCGGCCCAGCGGGGCCCUCCCGGCCGAGGCCCUCCCGGUGCGCGGUUACGACUUCUCGGGCGGCGCGGACCACGCGGCGCUGCUGCGCUCCUUCCGCACCACCGGCUUCCAGGCCACGAGCUUCGCGCAGGCCGUGGCGGAGAUCGAGCGGAUGAUCGCGGCCAAGCUGGAGCCGCUGAGCGCGGAGCAGCGGGAGCGAGCGGCCAUGGCCGGGCCGCGGGCGGCCUCGGGCUGCACCAUCUUCCUGGGCUUCACCUCCAACCUCGUCAGCUCCGGCGUCAGGGAGAGCAUCCGAUACCUCGUGCAGAACGGCAUGGUGGACGUGCUGGUGACCACGGCCGGGGGGGUCGAGGAGGACCUGAUCAAGUGCCUGGCCCCCACCUACAUCGGGGACUUCCACCUGCGGGGCCGGGACCUGCGGGAGAACGGCAUCAACAGGAUCGGGAACCUGCUGGUGCCCAACGAUAAUUACUGCAAGUUCGAGGACUGGCUGAUGCCCAUCCUGGACAGGAUGGUGGACGAGCAGGACACGCAGGGCGUGCGGUGGACGCCGUCCCGGAUGAUCGCCCGGCUGGGCAAGGAGAUCAACAACCCCGAGUCCAUCUGUUACUGGGCCCAGAAGAACAACAUCCCGGUGCUGAGCCCCGCGCUCACCGACGGCUCCCUGGGGGACAUGAUCUUCUUCCACUCCUACAAACGCCCGGGGCUCGUGCUGGACAUCGUGGACGACCUGCGCCUCAUCAACACCCAGGCCAUCUUCGCCCACAAGACCGGCAUGAUCAUCCUGGGCGGGGGCCUGGUCAAGCACCACAUCGCCAACGCCAACCUCAUGAGGAACGGCGCCGAUUUCUCCGUCUACGUCAACACGGCGCAGGAGUUCGACGGCUCCGACUCGGGCGCGCGGCCGGACGAGGCCGUGUCCUGGGGCAAGAUCCGCGUGGACGCCACCCCCGUCAAGGUUUACGCCGACGCCUCGCUCGUGUUCCCGCUGCUCGUGGCCGAGACGUUCGCCCGGAGCGCCGACGCCUUCGGGGGGCCUGCGGGGACCCCCGAGGCGUGAGGGACCCCCAGGAGGGACCCCCAGAGGGACCCCCGAGGCCUGGGGGACCCCCAGAGGGACCCCCGAGGUCUGGGGCACCCUCAAGGCCUGGGGAGCCCCCAGGUUUGAGCCCUGAGGGACCCCCAAGGGACCCCCCAGCUUUGGGUGUGCUGAGCCCCCCGACCCCCUCAGGAAGGUGGGGGACAGUGGGGUGAGUCCCCCUGGGGGGGACAGGGGGGAUCCCCCCCCAGACCUGCACCCCCUGUCCGUGUGUUCCUCUGUCCCCCUCCCCUCCAUGGCUGUGUUUAUUUAUUCGAGCUCCCAAUAAAGCACGGCAGG